AUGGCAGAAGGGGGAGAGGGAGAGGAGGAGAUCCAGUUCCUGCGCACGGAGGACCAAGUGGUGCUGCAGUGCACGGCCUCCAUCCUGAAGGAUCAGCAGGUGAAGCUGUGUCUGUCCUGCGAGGGCUUCGGGAACCGUCUCUGCUUCCUGGAAACCACGUCCAACGCUCAGAAUGUGCCCCCGGACUUGGCCAUAUGCAGCUUUGUUCUGGUGCAGUCCCUGUCGGUGCGCGCUCUGCAGGAGAUGUUGGCCAACACGGUGGAGAUGACCGAGGCAGUCGAUUUGGACCAAUGGUCGUCCCAAGGUGGAGGUCAUCGCACCUUACUGUACGGUCAUGCCAUCCUCCUGAGACACUACCACUCAGGCAUGUACCUGAGCUGCUUGACUACGUCUCGGUCACUCACGGACAAGCUGGCCUUUGAUGUGGGCUUGCAAGAAGAUUCCACGGGUGAGGCCUGUUGGUGGACCAUUCAUCCCGCCUCCAAGCAAAGGUCAGAAGGUGAGAAGGUCAGGGUGGGAGAUGACCUCAUCCUCGUCAGCGUGUCCUCUGAGAGAUACCUGCACUUGUCCUAUGCCAGUGGAGAUCUGAUGGUGGACGCCUCCUUCAUGCAGACUCUCUGGAACAUGAAUCCAAUAAGUUCUGGAUGUGAACUAGCUGAAGGGUUCCUGACAGGAGGUCACGUCCUCAGGCUGUUCCACGGUCACAUGGACGAGUGUCUGGCCAUCGCUACACCAGAGGAAGGAGAGGAAAAGCGCAGGAUGGCUCAUUAUGAGGGCGGGGCAGUGUGCAGUCAGGCCCGGUCCCUGUGGAGGUUGGAGCCUCUCAGAAUCAGCUGGAGCGGGAGCCACAUGAAGUGGGGGCAGUCUUUCCGUAUUCGCCACAUCACCACAGGCCGGUACCUGUGUAUGGAUGAGGAGAAAGUUCUGAUGGUGGUCGACCCAGAGAAGGCCAACACCAAACUAUCCGCCUUCUGCUUCCGAGCUUCAAAGGACAAGGUGGAGGUGGCUCACAAGCGAGAUGUUGAGGGGAUGGGUAUUCCGGAGAUCAAGUACGGAGAGUCCAUGUGCUUCGUCCAGCAUGUGUCCACCGGGCUGUGGCUCACCUACGCAGCCCUGGAUGCCAAAGCUGCUCGUCUGGGGAUGAUGAAGAGAAAGGUUAUUCUGCACCAGGAGGGUCACAUGGACGAUGCCCUGACUGUGUCCCGCUCCCAAACUGAAGAGUCUCAGGCUGCUCGCAUGAUUUUCAGCACUAUGGGCCUCUUUAGGCAGUUCAACAAGGGUUUGGACUCUCUGGGCGGUAAGAACAAGUCACCAGGGGCCGUGUCGCUGCCUCUGGAGGGGGUCAUCCUCUCUCUACAGGAUCUCAUCUUCUACUUCCGUCCUCCUGAGGAGGAGCUCGAGCAUGAGGAGAAGCAGACCAAACUUCGCUCCCUCCGCAACAGGCAGAACCUCUUCCAAGAAGAGGGUAUGAUCACCAUCGUGCUGGAGUGCAUCGACCGCCUCAACGUGUACAACACUGCUGCCCACUUUUCUGAGUUUGCCGGGGAGGAAGCUGCAGAGUCCUGGAAGGAGAUCGUCAAUCUUCUUUAUGAGCUGCUGGCUUCCCUGAUCAGGGGGAAUCGCUCUAACUGCGCCUUGUUUUGUGACAACUUGGACUGGCUGGUCAGCAAGCUGGACCGACUGGAGGCCUCUUCAGGUAUUCUUGAGGUGCUGUACUGUGUGCUGAUUGAAAGCCCUGAGGUUCUGAACAUCAUCCAGGAGAACCACAUUAAAUCCAUCAUCUCUCUCCUGGACAAGCAUGGACGGAACCACAAGGUCCUGGAUGUCUUGCGCUCUCUUUGUGUGUGUAACGGUGUAGCUGUGAGGUCCAACCAGAACCUCAUCACUGAGAACCUGCUCCCGGGGCGUGACCUGUUGCUGCAGACCAACAUUGUAAAUUAUGUCACGAGUGUGAGGCCCAACAUCUUCCUGGGUACAUGCGAGGGGUCCACACAGUUUAAGAAAUGGUAUUUUGAGAUGAUGGUGGACUAUGUGGAACAGUUUGUGACGGCAACGGCCAGCCACCUGCGCGUGGGCUGGGCUAUGACCGAGGGCUACAGCCCCUACCCUGGAGGAGGAGAGGGCUGGGGGGGCAACGGUGUUGGAGAUGACCUCUACUCCUAUGGCUACGAUGGACUGGACCUAUUGUCUGGUACCGUCGCCCGCCAGGUGGCAGCACCCAGCGCACACACCCUGUCUGCAGACGAUGUGGUCAGCUGCUGUCUGGAUCUGAGCGUGCCCAGUAUUUCGUUCCGUAUUAACGGCCACCCAGUUCAGGGCAUGUUUGAGAACUUCAACGUGGACGGCCUCUUCUUCCCCGUCAUCAGCUUCUCUGCUGGAGUCAAGGCUCGCUUCCUGCUUGGCGGUCGCCACGGAGACUUCAAGUUCAUGCCCCCGCCUGGCUACGCCCCGUGCUAUGAGGCCCUGUUGCCGCGGGACAGGAUGCGUAUCGAACCCAUCAAGGAGUACAAGCACGACUUCCAGGGCGUCCGCAACCUGCUGGGGCCCACACAGUCCCUCACACACACCUCGUUCACCCCCUGCCCCGUGGACACCGUUCAGAUCGUGUUGCCCCCCCACUUGGAGCGUAUCCGAGAGAAGCUGGCAGAGAAUAUUCACGAGCUCUGGGCGGUCACCCGUAUUGAGCAGGGCUGGACCUAUGGGAGUUUCAGGGACGACAACAAGAAGCUCCACCCCUGUCUGGUUGACUUCCAGAGUCUUCCUGAACCAGAGAGGAACUACAACCUGCAGAUGUCAGGCGAGACCCUCAAGACUCUCCUGGCGCUGGGUUGCCACGUUGGCAUGGGUGAUGAGAAAGCAGAGGAGAAUCUCAAGAAGAUCAAGCUGCCCAAGACCUAUGUGAUGACUAAUGGAUACAAGCCUGCCCCCCUUGACCUGAACCAUGUCAAACUGACACCCAACCAGAACCAGCUCGUAGAAAAACUAGCAGAAAAUGGACAUAAUGUUUGGGCGAGAGACCGGGUACGACAAGGAUGGACCUACAGUAUUGUGCAGGACAUCUUGAAUAAGCGAAACCCUCGUCUGGUACCUUACAACCUUCUGGACGAGAGAACUAAGAAAACGAACCGAGACAGUGUGAACAACGCUGUCCGCACCCUCAUCGGCUAUGGCUACAACAUCGAGCCUCCAGAUCAGGAGAGCUCUGGCCAUGGCCUUGAGAACACCCGCGGGGACAAGGUACGGAUCUUCAGGGCGGAGAAGUCGUACGGGGUCACCCAGGGGAAGUGGUACUUUGAGUUUGAGGCGGUCACAACGGGGGAGAUGAGAGUGGGAUGGGCCCGUCCCAGUGUCCGCUCUGACAAUGAGCUGGGAGCAGAUGAGCUGGCCUACGUUUUUAACGGAAAUAAGGCUCAACGCUGGCAUGUUGGCAAUGAACCCUUCGGACGCCAGUGGCUGUCGGGUGAUGUCGUUGGUUGUAUGAUCGACCUGACUGAGAUGAAUAUCAUGUUCACGCUCAACGGAGAAAUGUUGAUCAGUGACUCGGGUUCAGAUAUGGCGUUCAAAGACAUCGAGAUUGGGGAAGGUUUUAUCCCAGUGUGUGCACUGGGCCUGUCUCAGGUUGGCAGGAUUAAUCUGGGGCAGAAUGUCAGCAGCCUGCGCUACUUUGCCAUCUGUGGUCUGCAGGAAGGUUUUGAACCUUUCGCCAUCAACAUGAAGCGAGACAUCACCAUGUGGUUCAGCAAAAGUCUGCCCCAGUUUGUGCCUGUACCCCACGAACACAAUCAUAUUGAGGUCUCCCGUGUGGAUGGGACAGUGGACAGCGCCCCCUGUCUGAAGCUGACCCAUAGGACCUUUGGUUCGCAGAACGCCAACACCGACAUGAUGUUCCUCAGACUCAGCAUGCCCAUCCAGUUCCACGAGACCUUCAAGGUCACAGCAGGCACGACCCCUCUCACACGGGCCCUCACCAUACCCGAAGAGGAGGUGAUAGUGGUGGAGCCCGAUUCAGAGUUUGAAGUUCUGAAGAGGUCUGCCGGCCGCAAGGAGCAGGAGGAUGACAAGAAGGAGCCGUCUGUGGCGAAGGAGCUCUCCAUGGAAAACGAGAAGGACUCGGUGUCGGAAAAGGGAAAGAAAAUAGGAUUCUUCUCCAAGGCCAAGAAAGUUGCCAUGACACCUCUUGCCCCUGCCCCUGCCCCUCCAACGGUCCCACGUUUGGUGGAAGAUGUGGUCCCGGACGACAGAGAUGACCCUGAGAUCAUCCUGAAUACCACCACUUAUUACUAUUCUGUGAGGAUCUUCGCUGGGCAGGAGCCUUCUGGUGUGUGGAUUGGUUGGGUCACUCCGGACUACCACCAGUAUGAUCCAACCUUUGACCUCUCCAAAGUACGCAGUGUCACUGUAACUGUGGGGGACGACAAAGGCAACAUACACGACAGCAUGAAGCACAGUAACUGUUAUAUGGUGUGGGGAGGGGACCUGGUCAGCAAUCAGCAGACACGCUUCAGCCAGGAGGACAUGGUUGUCGGCUGCUUGGUUGACCUGGCAACAGGUCUCAUGACCUUCACAGCCAAUGGAAAGGAGAUAAACACCUUUUACCAGGUGGAGCCCAACACCAAGCUGUUCCCGGCUGUGUUCGUCCAGCCAUCCAACCAGAACUUGGUGCAGCUGGAGCUGGGCAAACUCAAGAACAUCAUGCCCAUCUCGGCAGCCAUGUUUCGCAGCGAGCGGAACAACCCGGUCCCGCAGUGCCCUCCCAGGCUGGAUGUCCAGAUGCUGACCCCGGUCAUCUGGAGUCGAAUGCCCAACCACUUCCUCAACCCGGAGGUGGGCAAAGUGAGCGAGAGGCUGGGCUGGAGUGUGGAGUGUACGGAACCUCUUAUCAUGAUGGCUCUGCACAUCCCAGAGGAGAACAGGUGUAUCGACAUCCUGGAGCUAUCGGAGCGUAAGGAUCUGAUGAAGUUUCACUACCACACCCUCAUGCUGUACUGCGCCGUGUGUGCGCUCGGCAACAACCGCGUGGCUCACGCCCUCUGCAGUCACGUGGACGAAUCACAGCUCUUCUACGCCACGGAGAACACCUACCUGCCCGGACCCCUCCGCAGCGGCUACUACGAUCUGCUCAUCAGCAUCCAUCUGGAGUCAGCCAAACGGGCCCGUCUGGGCACCAACUGGGAGUUCAUCGUCCCCAUGUCCCAGGAGACGCUCAGCAUCCACCUGUACCCUGACGCAAAGAAGGCCCACUCCCUCCCCGGGGUCGGCCUCACCACCUGCUUACGGCCCAAGCUGCAUUUCUCCUCCAUCAACUUUGUUGGCACCGACCCCAACCUCUACACCCUCAGCCCCGUUUUCCCCCUGCAGGAGCUGAAGACCCGGGCCAUCAGCAUGUUGACGGAGGCCGUGCUGGACGGAAGCCAGGCCAUGCGAGAUCCAGUGGGAGGCAGCGUGGAGUUCCACUUCGUCCCCAUCCUGAAGCUGAUCAGCACUCUGCUCAUCAUGGGCAUCUUCAACGACGAGGACACCAAGCACAUCCUGAAGAUGAUCGACCCAAACGUCUUCAGUGGAAAAGAGGAAGUGGAGGAGGAGGAGGGAGAGAAAGCUGAGGAGGCUGGAGCUGCUGAGGUCGAGGAAGAGAAGGACGAGGACGCCGAGGACGAAGGGAUGGGCGACGAAGAAGAGGAGGAGCUGAAAGAGUUAGAAGGAAGAGAGCCAAAGGAGGAAGGAGCCGAACCUAAGGAGGAAGGAGAAGAGGAGAAGGAGGAGGCGGAAGGAGAAAAGGUGGAAGUGGAGAAGGCGGAGGAGGAAGCAGUGGAGGCAGAAGCGAAAGAGGAAGAGGAGGGUCUGGAGGAAGGGUUACUGCAGAUGAAGCUACCAGAGUCUGUCAAACUGCAGAUGUGCACGCUGCUGCAGUACUUCUGCGACUGCGAGUUGCGCCACAGAGUGGAAGCCAUCGUUGCGUACUCGGACGAAUUCGUCAACGAUAUCCAGAAGAACCAACGCGUUCGCUACAACCUGCUGAUGAGAGCCUUCACCAUGUCGGCUGCUGAGACUGCCCGCAAGACCCGCGAGUUCCGCUCUCCCCCUCAGGACCAGGUUCUGUUGCUGACCAACUUUAAGCACAGUCCAGAGGACGAGUUCAGCCCGGUGCCUGAGGAGGUGCGGGACACUCUGGUCGAGUUCCAUGUUGACCUCCUGCUCCACUGCGGUAUUCAUGUAGAGGAGGAGGCGGAGGAGGAGGAGGUGGACUCCUCACUGAGGGGCAGACUCAUCAGUCUGGUGGAUAAGAUCAAGAGCCUGCGCAAGAAGGAGGAGGAGGAGACGCCGGAGGUGGAGGAGGAUGUGAAACCCAACACGCUCCAGGAGCUGAUCUCCCACACCAUGAUCCACUGGGCCCAGGAGUCGUUCAUCCAGAACCCGGAGCUGGUGCGCCUGAUGUUCAGCCUGCUGCACCGGCAGUACGACGGCCUCGGGGAGCUGAUCCGAGCGCUGCCCAAAGCCUACGCCAUCAACGCCGUGUCCGUCCAGGACACCAUGGACCUGCUGGAAUGUCUGGGACAGAUCCGCUCGCUGCUCAUCGUCCAGAUGGGCCCGGAGGAGGAGCGCCUCAUGAUCCAGAGCAUCGGGAACAUCAUGAACAACAAGGUGUUCUACCAGCACCCUAACCUGAUGCGAGCCCUGGGGAUGCAUGAGACUGUGAUGGAGGUGAUGGUUAAUGUGCUGGGCGGAGGAGGAGACUCCAAGGAGAUCCGGUUCCCCCAGAUGGUGACCAACUGCUGUCGUUUCCUGUGCUACUUCUGUCGUAUCAGCCGACAGAACCAGCGCUCCAUGUUUGACCACCUGAGCUACCUGCUGCAGAACAGCGGCAUCGGCUUGGGCAUGCGAGGAUCCACGCCUCUGGACGUGGCUGCGGCUUCCUGCAUCGACAACAACGAGCUGGCGCUGGCUCUACAGGAGCAGGACCUGGAAAUGGUGGUGACAUACCUGGCAGGUUGCGGUCUGCAGAUGUGUCCCAUGCUCCUCUCCAAGGGCUACCCCGACAUCGGCUGGAACCCCUGUGGAGGAGAGAGAUACCUGGACUUCCUGCGCUUCGCUGUCUUUGUGAAUGGAGAGAGCGUGGAGGAGAAUGCCAAUGUGGUGGUGCGUCUGCUCAUCCGUCGGCCCGAGUGCUUCGGCCCCGCCCUGAGAGGAGAGGGGGGCAACGGUCUGCUGGCUGCCAUGGAGGAGGCCAUCAAGAUUUCCGAGGACCCGGCCAGGGACGGACCCACGGUGAAAAAGGACAGACGCUUCAUGUUUGGUGGUGAGGAGCAGCACGAGGAAAACCGCGUCCACCUGGGAAAUGCCAUCAUGUCCUUCUACUCCGCCCUCAUCGAUCUGCUGGGUCGCUGCGCCCCUGAGAUGCAUCUGAUCCAAGCAGGGAAGGGUGAAGCUCUGAGGAUCAGGGCCAUCCUGAGGUCUCUGGUGCCCAUCGAGGACCUGGUGGGGGUCAUCAGCCUAUCUGUGCAGAUCCCUGCCUACGGCAAAGAUACUCAGAUCAUUGAGCCGAAGAUGUCAGCCAGUUUCGUCCCGGACCACAAGGCCUCCAUGGUGCUGUUCCUGGACAGAGUGUACGGGAUCGACAACCAGGACUUCCUGCUCCACGUGCUGGAGGUCGGCUUCCUGCCCGACAUGAGAGCUGCAGCCUCUCUGGACACGGUGGCUUUCAGCACCACUGAGAUGGCCCUGGCCCUGAACCGCUACCUCUGCUCAGCUGUCCUGCCUCUACUCACCAAGUGUGCCCCGCUGUAUGCUGGGACGGACCACCGCGCCAUCAUGAUCGACUCCAUGCUGCACACCAUCUACCGCCUGUCCCGCGGCCGAGCCCUCACCAAGGCUCAGCGGGACGUCAUCGAGGAGUGCCUCAUGUCGCUCUGCAAGUACCUCCGGCCCUCUAUGCUGCAGCACCUGCUCAGACGGCUGGUGUUUGAUGUUCCCAUCCUCAAUGAAUACGCCAAGAUGCCUCUAAAGCUGUUGACUAAUCACUACGAGCGCUGCUGGAAGUACUACUGCCUACCUAACGGAUGGGCUAACUUCGGGGUGACCUCAGAGGAGGAGCUGCAUCUCUCUCGUAAACUCUUCUGGGGAAUCUUUGAGUCUUUGGCCCACAAGAAAUAUGACGCAGAGCUCUUCAAGAUCGCCAUGCCGUGUCUCUGUGCUAUAGCUGGAGCCAUCCCUCCGGACUACGUGGACGCCACCUACUCCUCCACCACAGAGAAGAAGGCCUCUGUGGACGCUGAAGGAAACUUUGAUCCAAAACCAGUGGAGACCACCAACACCAUCAUCCCCGAGAGACUGGACGCCUUCAUCAACAAGUACGCAGAGCACACUCACGACAGAUGGGCCUUUGAAAAGAUUCAGAACAACUGGACCUACGGAGAAGUGUUGGAUGAGAAUGCUAAGACCCACCCGAUGCUCCGACCUUAUAAAACCUUCUCUGAAAAGGACAAGGAGAUUUAUCGUUGGCCCAUCAAAGAGUCCAUGAAAGCCAUGUUGGCCUGGGAGUGGACUCUGGAUAAAGCCAGGGACGGGGAGGGGGAAGUGGAGAAGAAGGCCGUCACACGCAAGAUCUCCCAGACUGCUCAGGCCACGUAUGACCCCAGUCACGGCUACAACCCUCAGCCUAUCGACAUCACAGGAAUGGCUCUGUCCAGAGAGCUGCAGUCUAUGGCCGAGCAGCUGGCGGAGAACUACCACAACACCUGGGGCAGGAAGAAGAAGCUUGAGCUGCAGGCCAAAGGCGGCGGCACCCAUCCUCUGCUCGUGCCUUAUGACACCCUGACGGCUAAGGAGAAAGCCCGGGACAGGGAGAAGGCCCAGGACAUGCUCAAGUUCCUCCAGCUCAACGGAUACUCCGUGACAAGGGGACUGAAGGACAUGGAGCAGGACAUUUCCUCCAUCGAGAAGCGCUUUGCAUACGGCUUCCUCCAGAAACUCCUUAAAUGGAUGGACAUCGCCCAAGAGUUCAUCGCUCAUCUUGAGGCUGUGGUUAGCAGUGGGAGAGUGGAGAAGUCACCACAUGAACAGGAGAUCAAGUUCUUUGCCAAGAUCCUCUUGCCCUUGGUGAAUCAGUACUUCAAGAACCACUGCCUGUACUUCCUCUCCACUCCUGCAAAGGUGUUGGGCAGUGGAGGGCAUUCCUCCAACAAGGAGAAGGAGAUGAUUGCAAGUAUCUUCUGUAAAUUGGCUGCUUUGGUGAGACACAGAGUAUCUCUCUUUGGUACAGACGCAGGUGCAGUUGUAAACUGUCUGCACAUCCUCUCACGAUCACUGGAUGCAAGGACUGUUAUGAAAUCGGGCCCUGAGAUCGUAAAGGCCGUCCUGAGGCAGUUCUUCGAGAGUGCUGCGGAUGACAUUGAGAAGAUGGUGGAGAAUCUGAAACUGGGCAAGGUGUCCAGUCGAAACCAGGUUAAGGGUGUGUCCCAGAACAUCAGCUACACCACCAACGCCCUGCUGCCAGUCCUCACCUCGCUGUUCGACCACAUCGCCCAGCACCAGUUUGGAGACGACGUCAUGUUGGACGACCUGCAAAUAUCCUGCUAUCGUUUAAUGUGCAGCAUCUACUCUUUGGGCACGGUGAAGACUCCACAUGUAGAGAAACAGCGACCAGCUCUUGGCGAGUGUUUGGCCCACUUAGCAGCUGCUAUGCCAGUGGCCUUCCUGGAGCCAGCCCUGAAUGAGUACAACAUGUUCUCUGUUUACACCACCAAGACUCCCAGAGAGAGAACCAUUCUGGGUCUCCCGAGCCAAGUGGAGGAGCUGUGCACAGACAUCCCCGAGCUGGAGGUCCUGAUGAAGGAGAUCCACGACCUGGCCGAGUCUGGAGCUCGCUACACAGAAAUGCCCCAUGUGAUUGAGAUCACGCUACCCAUGUUGUGUAACUACCUGCCACGCUGGUGGGAGAGGGGCCCAGAGAGUUUCCCCGAGCAGGAGGGCCAGGUCUGCACCUCCGUCACCUCGGAGCAGCUCAACCAGCUGCUGGGGAGCAUCAUGAAGAUCGUGGUUAACAACCUGGGUAUAGAUGAGGCCUCCUGGAUGAAGAGAUUGGCAGUGUUCUCCCAGCCUAUUGUCAGCAGGGCUAAGCCAGAGAUGCUCAAGUCCCACUUCAUCCCCACCAUGGAGAAGCUGAAGAAGCGUUCAGGGAAGGUGGUAGCCGAGGAGGAUCAGCUGCGCAUGGAAGGCAAGCAGGAGGUGGACAGUGAGAACGGGACCAUCCGAGAUGAGUUUGCUGUGCUGUGUCGAGACCUGUAUGCUCUGUACCCCCUGCUCAUCCGCUACGUGGACAAUAACAGGGCGAGAUGGUUGACCUGUCCUGACCCGGACGCAGAGGAACUUUUCAGGAUGGUGGGAGAAGUCUUCAUUUUCUGGUCCAAAUCCCACAACUUUAAGAGGGAGGAGCAGAACUUUGUGGUGAUGAAUGAGAUCAACAACAUGUCCUUCCUGACCGCAGACAGUAAGAGCAAGAUGAGCAAGGCCGGAGAUGGAGAGUCUGGAGGCUCAGAACAGGAGCGUACCAAGAAGAAGCGGCGCGGGGAUCGCUACUCUGUGCAGACUUCGCUCAUCGUAGCUGCUUUAAAGAAGAUGCUUCCUAUAGGCCUCAACAUGUGCUCUCCUGCAGACCAGGAGCUCAUCAACCUUGCCAAGAUCAGAUACUCACUGAAAGACACGGAUGAAGAGGUGAGGGAGUUCUUGCACAACAAUCUGCAUCUGCAAGGCAAGGUGGAGGACCCCGCUAUGCGCUGGCAGAUGUCUCUUUAUAAGGAGAUGUCUGGAAAGGCAGAAGAUGCCGAGGACCCGGAGAAAGUGGUAAAAAGGGUACAAGAGGUGUCGGCUGUCCUUUACCACAUAGAGGUGACGGAGCAUCCCUACAAGUCUAAGAAAAUGGUGUGGCACAAGCUGCUGUCAAAGCAGCGCCGCAGAGCUGUGGUGGCCUGUUUCAGGAUGACACCCCUGUACAACAUCCCCGCGCACAGGGCGACCAACAUGUUCUUAGAUGCCUACAAACGCAACUGGUUGGAGACAGAGGGUUACUCAUUUGAGGACAAGAUGAUUGACGACUUAUCAAAAGCCUUGGAGGAAGAGGAGGAAGAGGAAGAGGAGACCGAGACGAAGCCUGACCCCCUUCAUCAGCUGAUUCUACAUUUCAGCCGCACAGCUCUCACAGAGAAGUCUAAACUUGACGUUGACCACCUCUAUAUGUCUUAUGCUGAUAUUAUGGCAAAGAGCUGUCACAUUGGUGAGGAGGACGAAGGGGGAGAUCAGGAGGGGGAGGAGCCAGCCUUUGAGGUGCAACAGACAGAAUUGGAGGCUUCAGAGGGCAACGUUGCUUCACAUCCCCACGCAAGCGGCGGUGCUGUGUCUCAUCCUGCGGCACGGCUACGGCGAGCGGCGCGGCUACAGGCUAGGCGAGUGGCGGCGCUUCUCAUCCUGCGGCAGGCCACGGGCUACGGCGAGCGGUGGCGCGGCUACAGGCUAUGGCAAGCAGCGGUGCUUCGCAUCCUGCGGCGCGGCUACAGGCUACGGCAAGCAGCGGUGCUUCGCAUCCUGCGGCGCGGCUACAGGCUACGGCGAGCGGCGAGGCUUCCCUCCCUGCAGCAAGCUACAGGUUUCAGCGGACACUCCGUGGAGCAGUUUAAGGAUACAGCGUGA